GAGCGGCGGCGGCGGCGGGGCGGCUGGCGCAGCCCGAACCCAGCGGCAUGGAGCCCGGCGCCGGUGCAGAAUGAAGGGUGCCUGCCGCCCCCCCCGCAGACAUGUCUGUGCCUUUACUCAAGAUUGGAGUCGUCCUCAGCACCAUGGCCAUGAUCACCAACUGGAUGUCGCAGACGCUGCCCUCCCUCGUGGGGCUCAACACCACCAAACUCACGGCGGCCACGGGCGGCACCUUGGACCGCAGCACGGGAGUGUUGCCUACCAACCCAGAGGAAAGCUGGCAGGUGUACAGCUCUGCCCAGGACAGCGAGGGACGUUGUAUAUGCACAGUGGUGGCACCUCAGCAGACGAUGUGCUCGCGUGACGCCAGGACAAAGCAGCUGAGACAACUCCUAGAAAAGGUGCAAAACAUGUCCCAGUCGAUAGAGGUGUUGGACAGGAGGACUCAGAGGGACCUACAGUACGUGGAGAAGAUGGAAAACCAGAUGAGGGGACUGGAAUCCAAAUUUAAGCAAGUGGAAGAAAGCCACAAGCAGCACCUGGCAAGGCAGUUUAAGGCAAUAAAAGCGAAAAUGGAGGAACUUAGGCCUUUGAUACCAGUGUUGGAAGAGUACAAAGCCGAUGCCAAAUUGGUAUUGCAGUUUAAAGAGGAGGUCCAGAAUCUGACGUCAGUUCUAAACGAACUCCAGGAGGAGAUUGGCGCCUAUGACUACGAAGAGCUUCAGAACAGAGUGUCAAAUCUUGAAGAAAGGCUUCGUGCAUGCAUGCAAAAAUUAGCCUGUGGGAAGCUGACGGGAAUAAGUGACCCGAUCACAAUUAAAACCUCGGGGUCCCGCUUUGGAUCGUGGAUGACGGAUCCUCUGGCUCCUGAGGGAGAGAACAAGGUUUGGUACAUGGACAGCUACCACAACAACCGCUUCGUCCGCGAGUACAAAUCCAUGGCGGAUUUCAUGAACACCGACAACUUCACCUCCCACCGCCUGCCCCACCCCUGGUCGGGCACGGGCCAGGUGGUCUACAACGGCUCCAUCUACUUCAACAAAUACCAAAGCCACAUCAUCAUCAGGUUCGACCUGAAGACGGAGACCAUCCUCAAGACGCGCAGCCUGGACUACGCCGGCUACAACAACAUGUACCACUACGCCUGGGGCGGCCACUCCGACAUCGACCUCAUGGUGGACGAGAACGGGCUCUGGGCCGUCUACGCCACCAACCAGAACGCCGGCAACAUCGUCAUCAGCAAGUUGGACCCCAACACCCUGCAGAGCCUGCAGACCUGGAACACCAGCUACCCGAAGCGCAGCGCCGGCGAGGCCUUCAUCAUCUGCGGCACCCUCUACGUCACCAACGGCUACUCGGGCGGCACCAAGGUGCACUACGCCUACCAGACCAACGCCUCCACCUACGAGUACAUCGACAUCCCCUUCCAGAACAAGUACUCCCACAUCUCCAUGUUGGACUACAACCCCAAGGAUCGGGCUCUCUACGCCUGGAACAACGGGCAUCAAAUCCUGUACAACGUCACCCUCUUCCACGUCAUCCGCUCCGACGAGUUGUAGCCCGGCCUUGGUUGGAAACUGGGUUUCAUGGGGGGGCGGGGGGGGGAAGAAAUAAAUUAAUUCAUGUGAAAAUUUAAGAAAAAAAAAAUAAUAAUUAAAAGGAAAAAAAGGGAGAAACUAAUUUAAGAAAAACCAUGCUAUUAAGGGAACAUACUUUAAAUAAGUAAACAUAUAAACAGCUGCCAAAAUUAAGACCAAGAUCAUGGAGGAUUAUUCAGCAUAAGCCUGACAGAUCAGCAUUACCUCUACAUUUCUAGAAGUCUGGCCCUGUGUUAUAGACUCACGAGUAACCGUGUACUUGCAGCUGGAACUGCACUCAGAGAACCACUUCAGUUUGGGGUUUUGUUUUGUUUCUGUUCCGAUAGCAAACCUAGAGAACACCCUCAAGCAGUAAGGCAAUGACUGUUGGAAGUUCACCCUCGGGAGCCUCGCUCUCCUCCGUGUGUGGCUUGCAUGGACAUUCCCCCGGCGUCACGGGCAGCUGUGAUGGAUGUGUGGAAAGGAGAAGCAGGAAAAGCUGACCCGUGAGGAGCUCUGGCUGUCUCAACAAGACCUAUCCCAGGUUAGUUUUCUUUGCCUUCCAUUGCAGCUACUGUCUCUCUCAACUGUGUUCUUGUCACUUAGAUUAACUGUGCUGAGACCCGAAGUAGCUCAUGGAUCUGUGUCUUAGUAACUUAUUAAACACGAUGGUUUAAGUAUGUAUUAUGAACAAGUUGUUGUACCCAUAUUGUUUGAACUUAUGUAUUCAGCAACUAUAUUGUAUAAUGUAUGUCUGUUAUUUACCAGAGGUGGCAAAACUUUGUAUGUCCAGUUUAUGCAAUGAAUGUUGUAAAUGCAAUGAUGUAGUUUGGAUUUAAUAAAUGAUGGGUUUUUUUCGUUUCUAAAAAGGCAAAAAAAAAAAAAAUAAAGGUCAGUGUUCACCCUUAUACACAGGUAAUCAAUUUCAUGUUGAUAAUUACAGGAAUAUUCUCUUACUGUUAUCUAUCUGCAUAGCAUUAUGGUGGUUGGAAAUGGCUCCCCUGGAGAUUCUGUGGCAGCAGAUUCCCAUGGGAAGCUUUGUUUAUGGAAGUGUGAAGGUAAUUAAUUUUUUUUUUAAGAGGAAAACUUUGUACUAUCCACAGUUAUCUAAGGAACAAUAAAACUAUUAGGAGACUUC